AUGCAUUGCGAGGAGAUUUCUGCAUUGAAAGAGGGUCUCCGUGAGAGCAUACCAGUACCUGGAAGCUCAGACUACUCCAUAUCUACAAUGGCAGAAACCGAAUCUUCAGUCAUUAUUGUUGGCGGCGGUCUUGCUGGCCUCGUCGCAGCAACAGAACUGUCGCGACGUGGAGUUCACGCAAUCAUCGUGGAUCAAGAAAAUGAGGCGAAUCUAGGAGGACAAGCAUUCUGGUCACUGGGGGGGUUGUUCUGUGUCAACUCUGCUUCCCAGCGCCGUUUAGGCAUUAAAGAUAGUCGAGAGCUCGCAAUGCAAGACUGGUUCAAUUCCGCUCGAUUUGACCGCGACACCGACCUUUGGCCCAGGAAAUGGGCGGAAGCAUUUGUUAGUUUCGCUACGGACGAGCUAGAAAAUUAUGCUAAAAGUUUUGGCAUGUCGUUUGCAAGUGUUGGUUGGGCAGAGCGGGGAAGUGGGAACGCAAACGGGCAUGGAAAUUCUGUCCCCAGGUUUCAUGUUACUUGGGGUGCUGGACCAGCAGUCGUCGAGGCUUUCGAGAAGCCAGUACGAGAAGCAGCGAAAAAGAAACUGGUAGAAUUCAGGUUCCGGCAUAGAGUCGACCAGAUUAUUGUUGACGAGCAUACCGGUGCAGCCGUUGGUGUUCGUGGACAGAUAUUGGAGCCUUCAGAGACUCUGCGAGGAGUCGCAAGUAGUCGGAAGGCCGUUGACAGCUUUGAACUCUUCGGAGCCAAGGUUUUGAUCACGUCUGGGGGAAUUGGCGGUAACGUUGAUCUGGUCAAAAAGAACUGGCCAGUCGACCGCUUGGGCCCUCAAAUACCGAAAUCGUUCGUCAUCGGUGUCCCUGCAUAUGUUGAUGGUCGAAUGAUUGAAAUCGCAGAAGAAGCAGGUGCUCAUAUCAUCAACAGCGACAGGAUGUGGCACUAUACAGAAGGAUUGAACAACUGGAAUUCUAUCUGGCCACAGCAUGGAAUUCGAAUAAUCCCUGGUCCCUCGUCGCUGUGGUUAGAUGCGACUGGGAAGAGGCUACCCCCAUUUCUUUACCCCGGGUGUGAUACUCUUGCUACACUGAAACAUAUUUGCGCCACUGGCUAUGAUUAUACCUGGUUCAUUCUCAAUCGGUCGAUCGUGACCAAGGAAUUCGCGUUGUCAGGAUCAGAACAGAAUCCCGAUUUGACCAGUAAGAGCAUCUGGAAGACGCUACAACAGCGACUCUUCGGUUGGUCACCCACGCCACCCGUCCAAGCAUUUUUGGACCACGGGGUAGACUUUGUGGUGGAGAGUUCUCUACCAGACUUGGUUCAUAGGAUGAACGAGCUUGCUGAAGAAAAGGGUGGGCCAUCGUUAGAUCUCGAGCAGAUCAAGCGAGAAAUCGAGAGCAGGGACAAUCAAGUUGAAAACAAGUAUUCAAAAGAUGCACAAAUUAUGCUUAUCCGCAAUGCACAGAACUAUUGGCCCGAAAGACUCUCGAGGUUAUCAAAGCUUCAUAAGAUCUUGGAUCCUGGUCAUGGGCCUCUCAUCGCAGUAAGACUGAAUCUUUUGACUCGCAAGACCCUCGGUGGACUCGAGACGAACCUUGACGCAAAUGUCCUUCGGCCGGACGGAACGGCCUUUCCCAACCUAUAUGCCGCUGGAGAGGUUGCUGGAUUUGGCGGAGGAGGUGUUCAUGGAUAUAGCUCCCUUGAGGGGACUUUUCUUGGUGGAUGCAUUUUCUCCGGGCGAACCGCUGGCGUCAAGAUAGCAGAGUCUAUGAAAGGGUAG